UCCAUCUCCUAUCCCCGGCCGGAGCUCCAUCUCCCCCUUCUCCCCGGGGGUCUCCGUUGCCCUCCUCGCCGCCCCGUGUGCUGCCGCAUCCCCGGCCCGUUGCCGGCCCGUGCGGGUCCCUCGCGGCGGGGUGGGCGGGCCGGGCUCGGCGUGGUGAAUCAGGCGAUGGGGAGCGCAGGCUGGGUGCCGGCUGCUGGUGAAAGUGUGGCGGGGAAGCGCGGCGGGUGUUUACCUCCGGCCGGGGCCGCCCGCAGGCUGGAGCGAGGAGGAAGCGGCAGCAGCAGCAGCGAUGGCGCGGCUGGUGGCGGUGUGCCGGGACGGCGAGGAGGAGUUCCCGUUCGAGAAGAGGCAAAUCCCCCUGUACAUCGAUGACACCCUCACGAUGGUGAUGGAAUUUCCUGAUAAUGUGCUGAACCUCGAUGGACAUCAGAAUAACAGUACACAAUUGAAACAGUUCAUCCAGAGACACAGCAUGCUGAAGCAGCAGGACCUGAACAUUGCCAUGAUGGUGACGUCGCGGGAGGUGCUGAGCGCGCUGUCGCAGCUGGUGCCGUGCGUGGGCUGCCGGCGCAGCGUGGAGCGCCUCUUCUCCCAGCUGGUGGAGUCGGGGAACCCUGCCCUGGAGCCCCUCACCGUGGGGCCCAAGGGGGUGCUCUCAGUCACCCGCAGCUGCAUGACUGAUGCCAAGAAGCUUUACACACUCUUCUACGUGCACGGGUCCAAACUGAAUGACAUGAUUGAUGCAAUUCCCAAAAGUAAGAAGAACAAGAGGUGUCAACUACACUCCCUGGACACACACAAACCAAAACCUUUGGGGGGUUGCUGGAUGGAUGUGUGGGAGCUCAUGUCCCAGGAGUGCAGGGAUGAAGUGGUCCUGAUUGACUCGAGCUGUCUCCUAGAAACGUUAGAAACCUACCUAAGGAAACACAGGUUUUGCACCGACUGCAAGAACAAAGUGCUGCGUGCCUACAACAUCCUGAUUGGGGAGCUGGACUGCAGCAAGGAGAAGGGAUACUGUGCUGCCCUGUACGAGGGGCUGCGCUGCUGCCCCCACGAGCGCCACAUCCACGUGUGCUGCGAGACCGACUUCAUCGCGCACCUCUUGGGCCGGGCCGAGCCCGAGUUCGCAGGAGGACGCAGAGAGAGGCACGCCAAGACAAUAGACAUAGCCCAGGAGGAGGUUCUCACCUGCCUGGGCAUCCACCUGUACGAGAGGUUGCACCGGAUCUGGCAGAAGCUGCGGGCUGAGGAGCAGACGUGGCAGAUGCUCUUCUACCUGGGGGUUGAUGCUUUACGCAAGAGCUUUGAGAUGGCUGUGGAAAAAGUGCAGGGCAUUAGUCGAUUGGAGCAGCUCUGUGAAGAGUUUUCAGAAGAAGAGAGAGUGAGAGAGCUUAAGCAAGAGAAGAAACGCCAAAAGCGGAAGAACAGACGGAAAAAUAAAUGUGUAUGUGAGAUCCCUGCUCCUCUGCAGGCAGCAGAAGAGAAGGAAAUCAAUCAGGCAAAGGAAAACUCCAGCUUCACAGAAAGCAGCUGCAAAGCCUGUGGUAGCACCGAAGAAGCCAACAACUGUGUAGAAGUAAUUGUUACUAAUGAAAGCACUUCUUGCACUUGUCCUAGUAGUGGUACCCUAUUAGGCUCACCUAAAAUCAAGAAAGGUUUAUCUCCACACUGUACUGGCAGCGACUGUGGCUAUUCCUCGAGCAUGGAGGGCAGCGAAACGGGGUCCCGGGAGGGCUCGGACGUGGCCUGCACUGAGGGCAUCUGCAACCAUGAUGAAAAUGGGGACGAUGCCUGCGUCCAUCGCUGCGACGACAAGGAGGAGGAUGGAGAUAGCUGUGUGGAGUGCUGGGCUAACGCAGAGGAGAGUAACACAAAAGGCAAAAAUAAAAAGAAGAAAAAGAAAAGUAAAGCUUUGAAGUGUGAGAAUGACCACAUUCAGAAACUUGGGAGCUGUCUGGCAGAUGCAGGUAGCAGAGAGACCUCAGGAAAUCUCACGCACACAGAGUUUCACCGCGACAAGACCAAAGACUCACACGCUGAGAGCUGCUGUAGCGCAGACAAAAGUGGCCAGCAGUUGCCUUGGUUUGAGCAUAUGAAAAAUGUGUCACAGUUUGCAGAACCUACAGAAAUGUCACUUGUCCCUGAUACUGGAAAAGGUGCCAAAAGCUUAGUGGAACUCCUUGAUGAGUCAGAGUGUACUUCUGAUGAGGAACUGUUCAUCUCCCAGGAUGAAAUCCAAUCCUUCAUGGCAAACAACAAGUCUUUCUACAGCAACCGGGAGCAGUACCGGCAGCACCUGAAGGAGAAGUUCAACAAGUACUGUCGCCUCAACGAUCACAAGGGGCCUGUCUGCAACAGCUGGCUGGCAACAGCUGGAGCCAACUGAACCCAACCCAACUCUGUCUGUCACUGAACUCGAGAUGACUACUGCGCCUUCUCCUUCCAGACUUAAUUUAGUGACUUACAGCAAAAUUUUAUCUUAAAUUAAUGUGAUUCUUUUUUUUUUCUUUUUUUUUUCUUUUUCUUUUUGUUUUUGUUCUGUUUUCUGGGGGAGGCUGGUGGAGGUGAUUUCCUUAAUUUUGUUCUUUCUCCAGGCUUGUAUCUUUAGUUGAGUAGCUGUGCAAGCCUCUCUUCUAAUUUAAGCCAUCUCUUUUCAUUCAAUGUUUCUCUUCCUGUGAGACUUACAAAAAAGCAAACUAGUGGCAAAGUAAUGUUGUACCUAUAAUUCUGUACAGAAUGACAAGGAGCUGAAUAUAAGAUUUUACAAAGUAGACAUCCAUUUGCAAAAUGUUUUGGAUGUAAUAUGCUAAAGCGCAAUGUGCAAAAAUUUAAAUAAAGAAUAUUUAUUAAUAUGCAUAGUAGAGGUGGGUGUCUGUGUUUGUACUGGGGGUUCAGGUGAGUGGAGGUGGGGGUGUCAGGUGAGGAAAGCUUGCCUGGGAAAGAACAAAUCCUUGAACCCA